GUGUCCCUAUCCGUCGCUGUUCUUUGAACUCUACGAUGCUCCUCCCAUCCCGAGAGGAGGGAGAAUCGCAAACUGGAAUUUGUCGGAGUCAUCUGCACCCUGUGCACACUUGACCUCGAUCGUUGGUGGAUCAGAUCUGCAGACAGAAACUGGAAAUUCUCGGGCUGACUUUGCCAUAGCACACGUCGUCACUCUCAGAGUGUGACCCCUUACGUCCCAGAGAGCACGCUGCUCUCCAAGGAGCCGGCUAGCCAGCUAGAAGGCGGAGAGUUCAUACACACAGCUCUCAGAUGCACCUUGGGGUCAUCUACAGCUUCUGGAUGCUGCAGAAGGGAAGAGGUUGUGUAACCUCAAAGGGCAUCUCUGUCGAGGUCAAGAAACUUCAAGCCACCUUCAUGCCGCCAAGGAAAUAGGUGGCAUCUAGAUCACUCCAGAUGCUAAGACAAAUGCCCUGUCCAAUCAUUUACCCCAAGUAGGGCCAUUACAGAUGUGAUGAUCCCCCCAAGGUGACUGCAAACCCCAGGACCUUGGAGGAGCCCAGCGCAGCCAUUAGAGAAUGUAGCUACACUGGUUUGAGGCAACUUUCAAAGCUCAUGGUAUAGCCCGGAGCGUGCCCCGCGAUGGCGCUGCGGCCGCCGGCGCAGCCCGAGCCCCAGGACAAGGUGUGCCACCCGGCCGAGAGGCUCCAGGGCAGCCCCCAGGGCCUGGCGUCCUACUACUCGCCGUUCCCAGCCUAUGGCCACUACCGGGGCGCCCUGCCCGCCGCGCCAGAGGACUUCCAGCCCUUCGGACAGCUGGAGCCCGCGAUGUCCGCGUCGCAGCCCGUGAGCCCCUUCCCCUUCGGGGUGGCGUCGCCCUUGCUGAGCCCGGGCCUGGCACUGCCAAGGGAGCCGCUCUUCGACCUGCCCUGGUACAGCAAGUUGCCGCUGUGGUACCCGAUCCCCCACCUCCCCAGGGAGGUGCCGCUCUUUCUGAACCCCCAGGAGCAUGCGGGCGUGAGCGGCCACGACUUGGCUCCCGCGGGGGCGCCCAGAGACAGCGGCCAGGGCUGGGGACCUGAGACCCUCAUCCCUCUGCUCCCCGGGAACGCCUCUGCUCUCCCAGAGGGACUGCAGACCUCGCAGCCGGGGUCCUCCCCGCGCAAGCGGCCGGAGGAAAGCCCCAAAGCCCCGAGCCUGGAGGGCAGCCCGCCCCCUGGCCGCCGGUUCCACUUCAGCGAGGAGGAGCUGCAUUUCGUGCUGUACGGGGUCGCGCCCAGCCUGGAGUGUCCAGCCAGCCUGCACCACGCCGUCUCGGGCCUCCUGGUGCCCGCCGACAGCUCCGGGUCGGAGUGUCUUCCUCAAAGUCUGAAUGGAGACUCCCUUCAACUUCCAGAAGGUCUCUGCCUCAUGCGGACCAUGCUGGGUGCGACGCCCCAUUUCGGCGUGUUCUGCAGUAGCUUCCUUGCCAAAGGAAUCAGGUUUGGGCCCUUUCAAGGAAAAGUGAUCAGCGCCAGUGAACUGAAGACCCACAGCGACAAUUCUGUGGUGUGGGAGAUCUUUGAAGGUGGCCACCUGAGCCACUUCAUAGAUGGAAGGGAGACCGGGAACUGGAUGUCUUACGUCAACUGUGCCCGCUUCCCCAAGGAGCAGAACUUGGUUGCUGUUCAGUGUCAAGGACAGAUAUUUUACGAGAGCUGCAAGGACAUUUGCCAGAACCAAGAGCUGCUCGUGUGGUACGGAGACUGCUACGAGAAGUUCCUGGACAUUCCCGUGAGCCUGCAGGCCACUGAGCAGGGUGCGCAGCCGGCAGCGCCCGCAGAGGAGUCCGCAGAAGGUUACAGAUGCGAGAGAUGCGGAAAGGUGUUCACCUACAAAUACUACAGAGAUAAGCACCUCAAGUACACGCCCUGCGUGGACCAGGGCGACAGGAAGUUCCCGUGCUCGCUGUGUAAGCGGUCCUUUGAGAAGCGGGACCGCCUGCGCAUCCACGUUCUCCACGUUCACGAGAAGCACCGGCCGCACAAGUGCUCCACGUGUGGGAAAUGCUUCUCUCAGUCUUCCAGCCUGAACAAGCACAUGCGCGUCCACUCUGGAGACCGGCCGUACCAGUGCGUGUACUGUGCAAAGAAGUUCACUGCCUCCAGCAUCCUCCGCACACACAUCAGGCAGCAUUCCGGGGAGAAGCCCUUCAAGUGCAAGUACUGCGGCAAAUCUUUCGCGUCCCACGCUGCCCACGACAGCCACGUUCGGCGCUCGCACAAGGAAGACGAGGGUGGCACCUGCAGCAUCUGCGGGAAAGUCUUCCCGGAUCAGGAGGCCCUGGAUUCCCACGUGAAGGCUCACGGAGACUGCUUGCCCUCCGAGUGCGGGACCAUGUGAAAACCGAGGACGUGGACGGAACGUUAGAUGAGAGAUGGGACAAGAGAACCAGCCACCGCCGGACCGCCAGGGUGACGGGGGCUCUUGAGGACGUGCUUUCCACGCUUGUUAGCGAGAGCAGAACGCCGGGGACUUCGCCAGAGCAGUGCGAGCUUACAGGGGCCUGAGGGUCUGAAAACAUCUCCCCAGACACAGAUGUCCCUGGAGCUCAGGGACAAGGCAGAGUCCCAGACUUCCCGGUGAAGGAGAAGCUGGAUUCUUUUAUUUGACCUGAGCCCCCGGAUUCACAAUGUCUGCCCGUCCUGGAUCAAUUUCUUCACGGUACAGGGUUCAUUUACUGAAGCUACGGCUUGAUUGUUAGUACUGUGGUUAAGUUUUCAGCUGUGCAUUAACCUCUUGUCUUUAUUUGGAUUCGUUUUAACUCCCGUGUCCCUUCCCCCGACGCACACGACACAUGCCAGAUAACGCGCUUCGCCCCAAGCACAACCACUCGGAGCUGGUUGUGCACCCUGCCGUCUGCGACCGCGUCAGCCGGGGAGGAAGAUUACAUCCCAGUGAACGAAGGCUGAAACGAAACCUAUUUAUGUUGCUCUGGUUUUAAACUUGAUUUCAUUUCUGAGAAAUAAAGUGGA